AUGCCCCCAGUGCCUUCAACUUCCAUACAAACGACCUCAGAAACGCUCGAGGAAUUGCUCAAUCAAAAGGCACUCACCCGAAUAACCACUAGCGACUAUAAAGCUAGAACGGCAGUUAAGAAGUUGAGCUCUCGCGAAAAAUCGAUCCUGGCUCUUGGUCUUGCAAAAUGCCUAUUGGAGUUCUUUGACGAUGAUAUGGAACUGGCUUCCCAUAGCUGGAAACCAGAAAGCAUAUAUUUUCUCAAGUCUGCCCAAUCCCAGCAUCAAGACCGUACCCUGUAUAUCUCACUCAGGCCAAGCGCCCAGAGAGGUGGAUUUCCCGAACGACUGGGUGCAUUCGGGCUUGGAGAUCCCGUCCUCCUUUCAUUUGCCAAACUCUUACUCGAGAUCGAUACUGGCGAAAGGAUAACCAAGGAGAUCCAUCCCGAUAACGCCGCGAAUCUACCUGUAUGGGCCUGGAUGUGCGGUUUUGUUGCCAAAGUCGAGAAGAAUGAAGCAAGUAAUUAUCUUCGAGCUGUGCAGGGUUGUUUGUACUUACACGUCGCUCUACGAAGAGCACAGGAUCAGUCAGAUGAGUCAAAUGGUGGCAGUAUCAUGAGACAGACAAUUUAUGAGGAGAUAGUUCGGAAUUUGGAGAUCAUGGCUGACCCUCAGAGUUCGAAACGUAAGCGACGGGAUUCUGUGUCCGAGCUUCCCUUGUCCAAGAAGCUUUCAAUCGCCACACCGGCAUCAAAUACAGGCACGCAGCUUAGGGUGUCACACCCUCCAAAUGUCCAACUAAUUAGACCAACGUGUAGAGAUGACUUCGAAGUUGCAAUCGUAUGUGCUUUGUCACUGGAAUUUGAUGCCGUCUCUGCCGUUGUUGAUGAUUUCUGGAAUUUUGAUUAUGGAAAAGUUCAUGGAGAUGAGAAUAUGUAUAUCAACGCACGCAUCGGGAAGAUCAACGUCGUUCUCCUUCUUCUCUCCAAUAUGGGGAAAGCCAGUGCUGCCAGCACGUGCGCCAACCUUCGAUCAAGCUAUCCAGGAGUAAACCUUGUCUUGAUGAGUGGCAUCUGUGGAGGGGUGCCUCUUACCGGAGAUGGCGAAGAAAUCCUCCUGGGAGACGUUGUUAUCAGCAGGCACAUUGUACAAUACGAUCUUGGCCGGCAGAAUCCUGACGGAUUUGAAACGAAAGAUACGGUGAAUGACAGGUUUGGGAGGCCACCCAAGAAUGUGCGGAACCUCCUUGCACUGGUUGAGACAAGUAUGGGACGUGAGAGGCUGGAGGGUUUGACCUCUACCUACCUUCAGGAUAUCCAAGCAAAAGCUGCUCAAAAAGUUCGAGGGCCUAAAUACCGGUACCCAGGAGCCUCGCAAGACCAGCUCUUUAAGCCUGGGUACCACCACCGACACCGUUAUUCUUCUCAUUCAACCACUGUGAAAGCGCACAAGGCCUCAAUCUGCACCUACAUUGACUCCCACCAUGCAUCAUGUGAUGACAUUGGCUGCGAUAGUAAGCAGCUUGUUUUGCGGGAUCGUGUCAAGUCAAAGAGGCAGCAAGUAGAAGCUGGACGUGUGAAGGAGGCCCAGGCUCCAUUCAUAUUUGUUGGCACAAUCGGAUCUGGAGAUACUGUGAUGAAGUCGGGAGAGGAGCGGGACAGGGUCGCCAGUGUGCAUAAUCUCCUUGCUUUCGAGAUGGAAGGUGCCGGGGUAUGGGACGAAAUGCCCUGCAUCAUUAUUAAAGGUGUCUGUGACUAUGCAGAUAGCCAUAAGAACAAAGAUUGGCAGCAUUUUGCAGCAGCAACAGCAGCAUCUGCUACCAAGGCACUGUUCAGCUGGUAUAUUCAACGGGAUAAACGUCCCGGGCUGUCUCUGCCUCCCUUAGCCCUAGGUGAUUUUUUGGUAAGGCCAGUCAUAUAG